AUGCGGGUCACCAUCCAAGAGUUCGACAAUGAAGUUGUGCCUGAGCUCGAUAUCGGCCCCCACUGUGGCCGAUCGUUCAUGGAUGACAUAGCUCAGGGUGCAGAGACCAGCUGCCAUAGGGAUAUGUUGGCAGACGGAGUUCAUCGAGUGGUUGGCAGAAAAAGCUUCUCCGAGUUUGAAUCAAAGCGCUUGCGUAACAGAGUUAAUGGUACCGACUCCUCAGAGGACAAAACUGCCACCCUCUUUGGUGUUCAGUAA